AGGGGCGGGGCGGCGCGCGCGCCGCCGCGGGCGGGGAGCCGCUGCAGAUCCCGUAAGACGGGAGGCUGCGGAGUCGCUGCAGUCCCCGCCGCCGCCACAUUCAACAGGCAGCAGCGCCGCUGUCGCGCGGCCGCGGGGAGCUAGAGCGGCUCGCGGCGUCCGCCCGUCUGCCUUGGCGUCCGCGGCCCUUGUCAGCGGGAGCGCGGUGCCCGAGCUGCCGGGCUCCGCGGCCUGGUCGGUGCCCCGUCCAAGGCACGAACUCGGAGGCUCCUUAGACACCGGUGACCCAGCGAAGUUAAGUUCUGGGCGCGUCCGUCCGCUGCGCCCCGCCGCGCCUGGCUCCGGCGUGCGUCCGCCGUCCGCGGCCCCCCAAUCUCGGAGCGACACUCGGGUCGCCCGCUCCGCGCCCCCGGUGGCCGCGUCUCCCGGUACUUCUCUGCUGGUGGGGGAGGGGCGGGGGGCACCAUGGCCGAAGCGCCCCAGGUGGUGGAGACCGACCCGGACUUCGAGCCGCUGCCCCGGCAGCGCUCCUGUACCUGGCCGCUGCCCAGGCCGGAGUUUAACCAGUCCAACUCGACCACCUCCAGCCCGGCGCCGUCGGGCGGCGCGGCCGCCAACCCCGACGCCGCGGCGAGCCUGGCCUCGGCGUCCGCUGUCAGCACCGACUUUAUGAGCAACCUGAGCCUGCUGGAGGAGAGUGAGGACUUCGCGCGGGCGCCGGGCUGCGUGGCCGUGGCGGCUGCGGCCAGCAGGGGCCUGUGCGGGGACUUCCAGGGCCCCGAGGCGGGCUGCGUGCACCCGGCGCCGCCACAGCCCCCACCGACCGGGCCGCUGUCGCAGCCCCCACCCGUGCCUCCCUCCGCUGCGGCCGCCGCGGGGCCACUCGCGGGACAGCCGCGCAAGACCAGCUCGUCGCGCCGCAACGCGUGGGGCAACCUGUCGUACGCCGACCUCAUCACCAAGGCCAUCGAGAGCUCAGCCGAGAAGAGGCUCACCCUGUCGCAGAUCUACGAGUGGAUGGUGAAGAGCGUGCCCUACUUCAAGGAUAAGGGCGACAGCAACAGCUCGGCGGGCUGGAAGAAUUCAAUUCGCCACAAUCUGUCCCUACACAGCAAGUUUAUUCGAGUGCAGAAUGAAGGAACUGGAAAAAGUUCUUGGUGGAUGCUCAAUCCAGAGGGAGGCAAGAGUGGAAAAUCACCCCGGAGAAGAGCUGCGUCCAUGGACAACAACAGUAAAUUUGCUAAGAGCCGAGGACGGGCUGCUAAGAAAAAAGCAUCUCUCCAGUCCGGGCAGGAGGGUCCUGGAGACAGCCCUGGGUCUCAGUUUUCUAAGUGGCCCGCGAGUCCUGGGUCCCACAGCAAUGAUGACUUUGAUAACUGGAGUACAUUUCGUCCUCGAACCAGCUCAAAUGCUAGUACCAUCAGUGGGAGACUUUCUCCCAUCAUGACAGAACAGGAUGACCUGGGAGAUGGGGACGUGCAUUCCCUGGUAUAUCCACCCUCUGCUGCCAAGAUGGCGUCUACGCUGCCCAGUCUGUCUGAAAUCAGCAAUCCAGAAAACAUGGAGAACCUUCUGGAUAAUCUCAAUCUUCUCUCGUCCCCAACAUCUUUAACUGUGUCAACCCAGUCCUCACCUGGCAGCAUGAUGCAGCAGACACCGUGCUAUUCGUUUGCACCGCCAAACACCAGUCUAAAUUCACCCAGUCCAAACUACUCAAAGUACACAUACGGCCAAUCCAGCAUGAGCCCUUUGCCCCAGAUGCCUAUGCAGCCACUUCAGGACAGCAAAUCAAGUUAUGGAGGAUUGAACCAGUAUAACUGUGCCCCAGGACUCUUGAAAGAGCUGUUGACUUCUGACUCUCCUCCCCACAAUGACAUUAUGUCACCGGUUGAUCCCGGAGUGGCCCAACCCAACAGUCGGGUCCUGGGCCAAAAUGUAAUGAUGGGCCCUAAUUCAGUCAUGCCAGCGUAUGGCAGCCAGGCAUCUCAUAACAAAAUGAUGAACCCCAGCUCCCACACCCACCCUGGACAUGCGCAGCAAACGGCUUCAGUCAACGGCCGUGCCCUGCCCCAUGUGGUGAACACCAUGCCUCACACAUCUGCCAUGAACCGCUUGACCCCCGUGAAGACACCUUUACAAGUGCCUCUGUCCCACCCCAUGCAGAUGAGUGCCCUGGGCAGCUACUCCUCAGUGAGCAGCUGCAAUGGCUAUGGUAGGAUGGGUGUCCUCCACCAGGAGAAGCUCCCAAGUGACUUGGAUGGCAUGUUUAUUGAGCGCUUGGACUGUGACAUGGAGUCCAUCAUUCGGAAUGACCUCAUGGAUGGAGAUACCUUGGAUUUUAACUUUGAUAAUGUGUUGCCCAACCAAAGCUUCCCACACAGUGUCAAGACUACAACACACAGCUGGGUGUCAGGCUAAGAGUUAGUGAGCAGGCUACAUUUAAAAGUCCUUCAGAUUGUCUGACGGCAGGAACUGAGGAGCAGUCCAAAGAUGCCCUUCACCCCUCCGUAUAGUUUUCUUGAUUUAAAAAAAAGUCCCUUUUCCUUUCCUCAGACUUGGCAGCAGCAGCAGCAGCAGCAGCGGCAGCACUUUCCUGUGCAGGAUGUUUGCCCAGCGUCUGCAGGUUUUGUGCUCCUGUAGAUAAGGACUGUGCCAUUGGGAAUCAUUACAAUGAAGUGCCAAACUCACUACACCACGUAAUUGCAGAAAAGACUUUCAGAUCCUGGAGUGCUUUCAAGUUUUGUAUAUAUGCAGUAGAUACAGAAUUGUAUUUGUGUGUGUGUUUUUUAAUACCUACUUGGUCCAAGGAAAGUUUAUACUCUUUUGUAAUACUGUGAUGGUCUCAAGUCUUGAUAAACUUUGCUUUGUACUACCUGUGUUCUGCUAAAGUGAUGAAUCAUGAACUAAGAUCUCUGUUCUGCACCUCCGCUGAAUGACUGAACCUGUUCAUUUGCCACAGAAUCCAUGAGAACCAAGUAGCCAGUGAUCAAUGUGCUGAAUUAAUGGACUUGUCAGACUUUGGGGCAGAAUAAGAUUAAGUGCCAGCUUUGUACAGCUCUUUUUCUAUUGUUUUUGUUGUUGUUUAUUUUGUUAUUUGCAAAUUUGUACAAACAACUUAAAAUGGUUCUAAUUUCCAUAUAAAUGACUUUUGAUGUUAUUGUUAGGACUCAACAUCUUUUGGAAUAGAUACAGAAGUGUAAUGUUUUCUUAAAACUAGAGUCUACUUUGUUACAUUGUCUGCUUAUAAAUUUGUGAAAUCAGAGGUAUUUGGGGGCUGCAUUCAUAAUUUUCAUUUUGUAUUUCUAACUGGAUUAGUACUAAUUUUAUAUGUGCUCAACUGGUUUGUACACUUUGCGAUGACACCUGGUAAUGUCUCUGACUAACCUGAGAUCAUUGUAAUUAGUACUUGUAUACUCAACGUUCCUGGCCCUUUGGGCAGCAAAGUUAUGUAUAGUUACAGACACUCUGUUUUGUAUGUAGAUUUAUGUGUGUGUUUUAAAGAAAUUUCACCUGCUUCUAUUACCCUGUGAGUUGUGUGCAGCGCAUAGCACCAAGUCUUCAGAUAGAUGCCCCGUGCCACGUGCUUACAGCCUUCUAGGGAAGCCUGCCAGAUGAUGCCCCGUGUCACGCUGUCAUAGUUCCCAUGGGAACUCUGUCGCUCAGGAAAGGGGAACUUUAUCUAAGGUGACGUUCUUUGUCUGACCGGGGUUCACCUCCUACUCUGAGCUGUUGGCUUUUGUCACGAUGGAGGUGGCUUUGUGGCUGUGUCCUGAAGAAUCAUGUCACUUCUCGGUCCCCACCUCUGUUCUCUUUGGCUCUGAACAGUGUAAAUCUAAGGAGGAAGUUUACAAAUAGGACUUCAGUGAUUUAUGGAGUGCUUUGUGCACCUAAGUACAGACAGUGGCAGGACUAAUUAAAAAUGAAGACCGUAAACUUGGAAACAGGCCAGCUAUAAAUGGACGUUUAUUUUUAAAUCCUAGGCUUAAGAAUUUGAGAAGUUUUUUCAGCCUUGAGCAGCCUAAUGUGUCUCAAACAUUUACGUUUUUAUACUUUCUAUUUACCUGAAAUCCUGCCAGACCAGGAUAAUUGGUUUUACCUCUCUUUCCAUCCACCAGCGUUUCCGAGUCAUAUUGAAUACCGAGUCUCCCACAGUUUGAGGAAUAGAUAGACCCCAGCACCCAUCUUGGCCCUUUUGAGAAGGCCUGGUUUCCAUGAGAAGACCAAAUUGCACUCGUUGUUUGUAGUGUUACUUAGCUCUCCCUUCGUUUGUUAGUGUGUGUUAACAAGAAUAAAAUGUCCCUGCUUUCACCCACCGUUGGCCAGCUUUGUCAUAGGCUUCCCACCGUGACUUUCACUAUUUUAAACACGUAUUGAGCCACUGCUCGUCUGACCACCUUUGUUUGGGCACUCCAAAACAGGUCUUGUUUUAGAAAUGAACUCCUCCAAGUAGAGCCUCCUUCAAACGGAGUAGAAUUUCCUGGUGUCAAAGAACCCAGGUCUGUCUCCCUUUCCCCCUCCCUCUGCCAUUUUCUUACCAUUGCAGAAAGAGAGAGCCUCUGUGUGUAAUCAUUCAAUAGAGGCAGCUACAGCCCUGGCAGUGGUCUGCUUGCUGAGUGACUAGGAGGUGUCUCUCCCUUCAGGAGCUGUAAAUUUCAACAGCAACCCCUAUUUUCCUUGGUGUUAAGAUCCUAGUGUGAAUCGUGGGCAGUUGUCUGGGGCACAGUGAAGUCCAGGGAAGGCUUCGUAUCUGUUUUGAAAACAAGCAUCAAACGUGUGAGCUCUGAGAGUCCUUUUCUGGGAGAAUGUUCACUUUCUGGUAUAUUAUUGUACAUGAUUGCUCUGUGAAAAGACUUCACCUAUGCAGCCUUGUUUGAUUUAUUUCCUUUGGUUUGUACUGUUGUUAAGAGCAUAUUGUAUUAUAGAGCUAUUUGGAUAUUUUAAAUAUAAAGAUGUAUUGUUUCCAUAAUAUAGAUGUAUGGAGUAUAUUUAGGUGAUAGAUGUACAACUUGGAAAGUUCUGCUUGGACAAACUGAGUCUUAAGUUAAUUAGCAAAUAAUAUAUCCUGAUGAGCAGUAAAACCCUGGAACCUAACAGUAAGGAGAAAGUCACUUAAAAUGGAAACAGUUCCCCACCCAGAGGUGUUCAAUUUGAACUUGUUCAACUGCUUAAUAUAUGGUCUCCCCCCCACACCCCCCAAAAAAACCCUUGUAGUUCUUAGUCUCAGCUCUCAAAGUUACUGAUUUUAAGUGAAAAGGUUUGUCUGUGGUUUCAGCUGGGGAGUGAUUGUUCAGUAUAGUGUGCAUUGUGCUUUAUGCAAACCAAACAGCCUGGCCCUGUGGCCAGGGACAGCCAGCCAGCCUUGUAAGUCCCAUCAGGAUAGCGUCCCACCCUCCCACCCUUCACCACCACAGCGGACUUGAGUAACAGUGCAGAUGCCUUGUUCCUGUUCCAGUGCUAUCUGAGAAGUGCCUGAUGAGGAUGAUAAACUUACAGACACAAGAACAAUCCUUACUAUGCGUUGUAUAAAGCCAUAAAUGUACAUAAAUCAUCUUUAA